GAUUGCCCUCAGGCUUUUUUCGGUUUUCACUGGACUGUGGUACAUCAGACGUCGUUGGCGAACCAAAUGUUUUCCCAUUCAAGUCGAGACAAAGAAGUGGUGCUUGGGAUAGCGGAACACGCACUUUGGGUGUUAAUAUAACUACGACAGUAUUUCCAGGAGCAACAGCAGGAAAGCGCGCGUUUAUUUGGAGUCUUCGCUCUCCACCUUCAAAUGCUAACUAUUUCACAUCCGACUUCUCUGGCUGAACCUACUCUGAAGGAGACUCUAACAUCGGGUGUUCAAGGAUUUGUGUGCACUCGCGACUCUGAAACGACCAAUGUUCCGAAUGAGUCUAUGAGUGGACAUCCUGGGGCAGCUAUUCAACAGAGCACUCCGAUCACCACCACAAAUCCACGGUUGGUGCAUCAGCUACUCAGCAAAUACAUCAAACUCGUCGAGCGUUCUGCUGGCUGCUUCAUUUGCUCCGCAUGUACAGAUCGGAACUCAGCUUUACAACGGACCACCUCUUUCUCGGAUGUUUCAGACUUCCAGGCCCAUAUAUCUGACCAACACGCUCAACUAACCCAACUCUCAUGCGUUUACUGUGGAUGGCAGGUCUAUUCUGAUCGGUUCGUAACCCAUCUGGUGCAACAUUUCUUACCCCGGCAGGGAACUGGUGGCAUCUAUGCUUGCCCUGUUGAACCUGAAUGUUCCAGUCGCUUUUGUACGAACCAAUUCACACUUUUGGAGGCACACUGGUUGGCCCAGCAUCCCACAGAGGCGCAACAUCAGAGCACAUUCAAAUGCCCUCAUUGCUUGCGAUCAUUCCCAACCCUUUCCUUAUGGUCUAGUCAUCUUAGGCGUUCUGUCCGUUCCCUCGUACACUGCUCAGCCCCCGGUUGCUUUGUCAAAUCUCCUUCCCGAAUUCUGCUGCUUGAUCAUGUCAAUCGAAUGCAUACAAAUAAUCGUUCGGCUUCCGUCCUGCUCAACGAAACGAUCGAGGUGGUCUGCAACAAACAAGAAGUGACCCCCACAAAGUUGGACAGCAGUGACACCGAAUCGGUAGAUGAACACAUAAAUCUUGCCUUUUUGAGCAAGUGCCCUUCAUCGGCUAAACAUGAGCUGGAACCAACCUUCGUCUUUCUUCUCCGGUGCCCCUAUUGCAACAUGAGCACGGUGCGUUGGAAUUACUUCCAAAUGCAUGCCUCAACUUGUCCAACUGCUUUACGGUCGGUCAAAGCUAGCAAACAUCAGACCUCGUCUACCGCUUACAGAUGUCGCGUCUACUGGUGUUCUGAAUGUCAAGCUGUGUCCACCGAGAAGCAUCUGGUAACCGAGCAUGCGACCUUUUCUCAUGAAGGGAAAGCUGUCGUCGUACAUGAGAAGCUGCAUAUCCGGCUGUUGGACUCUAAUCUAUUGUCUGUACUCCCUGAUCCAUCACUCAGUCAAAGUACAAUCAACUCGUCGGCGAUGCCUGGUGCACUAGGGACAAACAAUCUGGGAUCUAAUGCGACUAUGUUCGGUUCUUUAUACGGGAAUCCUGUUCGGCCGUCCUCACCUGAAGACGAGGAUGAAUCGGAAUCACCAAUGAACCUAGCUGCUCUUGCCCGACCCUCAGCUUCGAAAUUUGGCUAUGCUGGCCGUAACCAGCAAUGUGUUUCCUCAAUUUCUGCGCGUCCUAGCCUUCAGGCGAAUACUUCCUGCCAAGCCUCUUCAACCUCAGUGUCUUGGAAUCCUGCUGGAGGCUGCAACACUCGUGACCCUUCAUUAUCGCUACUCCAGAGUGCGGCUGCGUUGAAGAAGCUGCAAGAAAUCACUGCAACCGGAUGUCCUGAUGGUACUAAUAUGUCAGCAUCCGAUGCGGCAUCAGCUGUGGCCGCAAUGGCUGCUGCAGCUCUCACGGGUCUUACUGGUUUUGAUGUUACUAACCCUCUUUCAUCAGCCCAGGCACUGCCCAACAGAGCACCACCAUCCUCGAUACCUGGUCUAACGAAUGUCACUUCCAAAUCUCCCGGCAUCACCAGUGUUGAACUUGGUACUCAUCCACUUGCUAUGGCUCAGAAGGACAAGCCCCUCGAGCUGCUCGAAAACUCUGGACUGGAAGCACACAGACAAUGUAUGGACUCGACGGCAGAGGGAGUCAUUGAUUCAUUGGGCUGUGGAGUCAAGUCUUCCGAUGGGGCCCGAGCUGCUGAUGACUUGGUUUCCUUUCCUUUUGAUGAGACAAAGUUUCGAAAAGAGCUUACAGGUCGUAUCAGACCAAACAUCUUGGACUCUUUGGUAGCAAAAAUGCACCAAUUCGCGUCGUAUUUUGUGCGAAUUUUGGGUAAGGAAAACCACCGUCGUAUCCCCGUUUGUCCUGAGUGUGAAAAGGUAUUCCCUUAUGGACUGGGAGAUUUCAAACGCCAUCUAUUGACUGUCCAUUUGGAAGUUCCUAGAGAAUAUUUGAAGGAUUGCUUACGCUUUACCUACCUGCCGAAGAGCGAGGAAAAGUUCCAGGAGAUGCAAGAGCAAUUAGCCAUGCGGCUUAUGAAACCACGUCUUUUGGAGGCUGGUCGCAGACGGGUACCGUUGCCUUAUUCCAUCGUCAUUCUUCGAAGACUGACUCGCCAUCUGCCAAUCGCAACACGAGAAUUUUUGGAACAGAAAAUGCAAGUAUACAGUCGCUUGUCAGUCAUUGUGGACACACGCGGUGGUUUUCGACGUUACCGAUGCAACCACUGCUCCUAUUCUUCACCACAUGCUCUGGCUGAUGUUCGGAAACAUAUUCUUGGAUCACACUGUGGCAUAUCCACGAAGCAUUUCCGCCAUUGUCUCCAAGCCUCACGACUUGAUCCUGUUGAGUAUACGCUCUUUUCGGACGACAAGUUGGCACGUCUCGCACGCGAUUUCAUGCAUCGCAGACAUGGAUCGGAAGCCUUCCAAUCUGUAGGAGAUCGGUCACCGUCGCCAAAUGACAGUGCCAGCCAAAAUGGUAUCACAGAGUGUGACUCUUUAGAUUCCAGUCCAUCACGUGCCAACUCGGACUCCAAAUCGCAGGAUGCUUACGUGUCUCACUUUACGGCAGUUGUCCCAGGCUCCAAAAAUCGCGUAACGGUUCGCAUUCGUCCGCCCAUUCCUCCAGACGACCUCACAUUCUCUGUACCCUCGAGUGUUGCCAGCCCUGCCAAUGGUGAUAUGUAUUCUCACUCCUCUCCUCCCCACUCGCCUGAGUCCCCGGAAUCGUUUAGUGAGUUUCAUUCGUCCACAGCCACGGUUGACAAUCUGGACCUCAACGCUCUCUCUUCCAUCCCUGGGCUUGAAGGCGCUGACAGCAUUGUCGAUCUAUCCCUACCGUUUUCCGAGCCCGUUCUCCGUCAACUUAUGGAUGCUGCUGGGGCAACGAAAGCCCACCUGGAUGACAUGUUGGCAAAAAUGCACAUCUAUUCUACCUAUCAGAUGACUCGAAUUUGCAAGGGCGAUCGCACUUUGGCUUUUCGUUGUCCAUGCGGUCGGUUAUUUAUUACCACCAGAGCACCAGAUCUCAAAAUUCGUGCAGCCACGCUCGCCGACAGUCGCCGUCACGUUAUGGGUGUACAUGCUCGGAUUCCGCACGAGUUCAUUACAAUUUGCUGUCAGGCCUCACGGAUUGCACGUGAGUACGAUUUCCAGAUCUACCCGGACGAUAUGCUCCUACGACUAGCCAUGGAUAGGCCCAUCAAAUUGACAAAAUUACCACCGGUGGGAGCGCCACCUUCUGGUCGAACUUCAUCAUCCUUAUCUCUACCGUCAGCGAAGCCGCUGGCAGUAAAUUCUCCAUUGGGUCAGUCACGGACAAAUGAUAGUUCGGAUCAUCUUGAUGUAAAUUCGGAAGGUUUGGACCAAUCGAUUAACAUGGACAGCUUGGAAUUGCAAUCCAACUGUUCUGCAGACGGACUACAUGGGUUGCGUGAUCCAAAUGAGGAUGAACUUGCAUCGUUAGCUGAUGAUAAGAAAAACCCCAAACCUCCAGAGGAUCCUAUAUGUCAACUGACUUUAGCACAGUCUUCUGGUACAGAGGAAGUCGAACGUGUAAUCAAUCUACCCUAUUCGUCAGAUGCACUGCACAGCCUAGUCGAGGGCUACUGUCCACCGAGUUAUUUUCCUGUCUUGGAGCUAGUCCAUCCAAAUCGCCCGUUAUCCUGCACUGCAAUGGGACUUGUGCGACCCUCUGGUGGGCAGUUUGCUUCUCAGGUCUACCAACCCUCUAUACAGCAUAGGGAUUCGGAAAAACUGACUGCUUUGUCAACGACAGCCAGCAGUGCGAAAGCGAACAAUGUUGAACGAGGUUCUUCAGCUAGUCCAUCCAAAUCGCCCGAUUAUCCUGCAACAUACGAUUCGAACGUUCCACCGAUAGACGUGGAAUUCAACCACUCUGGCUCUGAGGACAAAUUGGAUUCGGGUCAGUUCUAUAUUGUUCGCAUGAAUGUCGACAAGGAUCAGUCAAUCGCCGGUCACGGAAGUCUGGUGUAUGCAUGCUCCGUAUGUCUGUUCUUCUCAACGUACGUCGGUGCGGCUCGGGCUCAUGUGGUUCGUCGGCAUAUGCGAUUACCGGCUCAUACCUGCGUCUAUUGUCAUCAAGCAUUUAAAACUGGUAAAGAAGCCCUCAAGCACCAUGAGCUAACACACGCGGAGCUAGAUUAUGUAACAGGGGAGCAGCUACGCACCUACAGCAGAGCAGUGUUAGAGGUUCCAAUAAAAGACAUUACAUCCGAGCCGACCGAGCGUGUGGCAGAACUUCAACAAGGUUUGCGGACACAAGGCCUCAAUCGGCUGACUGAUGAGGAUGCAGAGGAUGCUACUUUGUUCGAAAACGAAAUGGACGAGGAUGGGUUGAGCAUGCCUACAGAUGUGGCGGACAAGAAUGCUUCGGAAGAUUACUUGCAAAGUGUGUUCCCAUCUCCCGCCGGGUUUGUUGGUGAAAAACCAGCAAAAGUGCCCCGUCUGGAAGGAGAAAUGCAGAGAUUCUCGAACGGCGCUGCCCUAUCCUCUUGCGACAGAACAGAUGUCACCGUUACGUUGAAUGGUACAAGCGUUAAAUUUUCGACUCCAAAUAACUUGCCCCGGGUCGGUUUGAGCGGUUCGAGUAGGCGCAAACCAAGCAAACUUCAAUUGGUUCAGCUCAAACCAUCGACCGAACUCGACGGGACCGCUAGUGUUUGUCGUAACGACAUAGACCAAUCAAACCAGUGUGAGAACCAAAACUGGGAUUGCUCUUCACCACCUGAACUACCUGGGAAACUCAUCCUUGAUGUCGGUGAAGUUUGACCCUACCUGUAGACCUUGUAAAUAUUUCCAGCCGUUCGUAUCCAGACGAAUUUGUACCAAUUCGUACGUCUGCAUAUCACGGUCUCCUCCAUUUCAAACCCCAGGAGGACACUGCGGUCCACUCCCCAUGUCUUGCUCUUUUGUUCAACUGUUGUAUUUAUUUAGCUUUUUUCUCUUUUGUUUGUCUGUUUUCCUUUUUCUUGUUCCAUGUUCUUUCGUUACUUGUAUGCCAAUUCCUGUUGUUGCCAAUUCAAUAUAGGGGUGGUGGUACAUGUUUCGGCGAGAAUGCUUGGGGUUAUCAAUUUUCAUUUUCUGCAGCGCACUGCGUUUUUUUGACGGGGGGCACUGGCCAUCGUGCACCCACCUUCAGAUCGACGUCUACCUCUCUAUACACAUGAACUCCUUUUUUCCUUGUUUUCUAUUACUAUUCUUGAGAGAAACUGCAAACCAAAUAAGGCUCACCCCCAGUCCACCUCGCACGUUGUUCCCGAACUAAUCAGCCUGGUCGUCUUUUUUUCAAACCAGCCGUCACCCCCAAAGCAUUUAUGAAAUUAACUCCAGAGUUCUACCGGAAACUAAUCGUUCUUCGUGCCACCGCGUAACGAGGACUUGUACUAAAGCAGUUGCCAGCUACGCGCAUCGCACCCUACGUCCUAUGUUUCCACUCAUCUGAACCGGAUUCUCCCCGCUACACACAUUCACUGCAUAAUUCAAGGUAUCUCUUGCAAAACUGUAUGAGCUCCUUUGAGCAAUGGUAACCAGAUGUAUUGAGGUCUGUGAUCUUCCAUAUGUGAUCGCCUUUCUGGUCCACUCAGUAGUUUACCGCAUCCCACUACUACCAUUAUUGAUCUCCUGCCUACCCGUGCUGCGGCGUUUGUUGACCCCCACUUAUCCACCGGCGUAUGAGUUGUCCACUGUUUGCAAUCCCAUACCUAGGUUUUUUGGCUAUGCACAGAUUCUGUCUCAGUUCCAAAUGGCUCUGUUUCCGUCCCAUUCGGUUUUGUGCUCUGGUCUCUUGCUGCCACGCGCAACCAAACCCUGACUUUGACACGUGUGCAAGUUCGUAUGUAUAUUAUCAACGUGGUGGCAGGUUUGUAGAUGGUCUGUGGCCUACCUCCUCGUGUUAGUGCUGAUUAUCUCCGUCACUCUUGCGUACAAUCGUUGCUUUUCUCAAUUUCUGACGCUGGUUUUGUUGUUGUGUUGUUUCAUUUCUGCUCCAUUACACAACCAACCAAGUGAUAAACGCUACUAUUACUACGAAUAAAGUCGUAUGCUUCUGAA